AAUUGAUUAAUUUAAUAAAAAUUUAUAAAUACAAACAAUUUUAUUGUUUUAAGAAUGGGAGAUGGCGUUAAAGAUGCUUACAGUGGUGGAUUACUAGUUUACUUAGUAAAUACCAAUGUGAUAAUCUGCAUCGUCGGCUAUCAAAUGUUAAUAACUUUUAUGGUACCCGGUCGAGAGGCGGACUUUUUUCGAUAUGCUCUGUACAUGGGCGAAAUGUAUAUGUUGUUGAGUAUUUUUUGUAUGAUUAGUGAACACUUAACUGCUGAGAGUUUAAAAUGUUGCGAAGCAUUUUACAAUUGUCAAUGGUACGACUUGCCAAUUGAUUGUAAAAAAGACAUAAUUUACUGCAUCGAACGCUCUCAAAAACCUUUGGCUCUGUCGGCCGGUAAAUUUACAAUAUUUAGUAACGUUACUAUGACUAAUGUCACAAAAGCUGCAAUGGGGUACUUAAGUGUGCUGAGAAACUUCUUAGAUGAAUAAUAAAUUAGAUGUUUAGCUCACCUCGUUAUAGUUAUAUUAUUAAUAAAUAUGUAUAAUAAUCAUGAGUUGUGAUUUAUGAUUUAAAUGAA